UUUAAUCAUGUGUGUAGUAUUUUUAUGGCGCUGAAUUACAAAUUUAUAUUACCACAUAACAUUUAUCUAGGUGCAAAAACCCACUCGGGUUGAUGAAGAAUUUCUGCUCCUCCUUAUUUGGUCCGUCUUGUACCAUCGAAACUUGUCCAAAUAAAAAGAAAAAAUGCAAAGAAAGAAAGCCAAAACCGCCAAAACCGCCGAAACCGCCGAAACCGAGGAAACCAAAAAGACCUAAGAAGACGUGUGAAAUGAGAAAAACUUGUGUUACACAAACAGAAAGAGCAUGCCGACCUGCGAGGCCAGAGGCCGUUCAAACCCAGUGUUGUAGAGACAAUGAGACACAAUUAGAUGACUCAGAAAUAGAAAGGGAAGCUGAAGAACAAAGGUUACAGAAGGAAAGGGAGGAAGAAGAGCGGAGGUUAGAGAGGGAGAGGCAAGAGUUUGAGAGGGAGAGGGAGAGGUUACAAAGGGAGAAGGAGAGGUGUGAGAGGGAGAAGGAGUUAGAAAAAUGGAGGGCAGAAGAACAGAGGCUAUUAGACCAGAAGAUACAAGAACAGAAAAAAAAGCUUGACAAUCUUGAAAAGAGAAGUUCUGUCUGUGUAGCAGAAAGGCAAGACCUUAAAGAGUGUUUUAAGAGAGAACGGGAGAAAAUGAUGGCAGAACUCAGGGAGACAAUGGCUAAAAAAGUGAGCAUUGGAAUGCAUGCUGUACCUGACACUACAACCGGGGGCUGUCAAGCUGGUGACUGCCCCAAUAAGUUCUGCAAUAAGGAAAGUCAGUACGAUAAGACAGAUGCAAAACAAGCAAGGAAGAGGAAACCAAUCAGAAAAGCAAGUCCUAGGAGCAAAGCCGUUGGACCCCUGAAGUGUCUUUGCAACGCAUCGGCGCAAAGCAGCGCUACUAGGGGAGCACAACUAUGCACUUGUGCAACCCAGCACUCGGCAACUGAUUUGGAUAUUACGACCACAGCUGUCAUGGUUAGCUCCGGUAAUUUCUACGGGAUGAGUGACUCGAAAACUCGAAUGGCCAAUAAGAAGAUUCAACAUAGACCUAGCGAUACAGUAGAAGAUGCGAUUGAAGACAGCUACAUGCUAACAGAAACUAUAACUGAUGAUACUUCAUACGGCUCCAUUUCAUACAGAAGCGAUGAAACCAAAACAGACACGACCAUUUGUAGCCUAGCCGCCGUCGACUACGAUGAUUCACCAAGACGAAGAAAAUUCAGAGUUAAAGUCGUUACCAAAACCAACCAAGCGACACUUACAGAUAAAACUAGACUUUGUGAUACAGGCACCAUCACUAAUGACUGGUGGAGCCCUCUGGUUGAAAGAAGAGGCAACGAUGAGAUACUUCUAGAAAAGAAGCAAGGGUACAACACCAUAGAGAAGAAAGAUUUGAAAGAGACGAAGGAGUUGAAAGAGUCGAAAGAGUUGAAGGAAGUUAAGAGGAAGAGGAAGAAUUGUGGAGUGACUACGGACGGUAGGAUUGUUACUUUUAGAAGCAGGACACAGAUUAUACCGGCCGGUCUAUUCCCUGGAAUGAAUGACAUCAUGUCACCAUCUCGUUACCUUUUAGAGAGUCAGAAGUACUAUAACGAAUUAUUCGCCUACAACUUCCGGAUACCUCAAGGGGACUGUUUCGCCCAGAUGCCGAAAUAUCAGGACAGGGAGAAGGCCAGAUCACCUUUGGGAAGCCGAAGAAAUCAUCAUCGCAAAACGAAGAGGCUGGAUGAAUGCUACUCUCCUAGACGACAGGUGUCCCCGCGGAAACGUCAUACGGAGUCCACUAAGACAUCUGAUUCUCCUCGCCGAAGACCCUACGCUCAUUGCUACUCCAACAGGCAUUACGUAAAAUACAAUUCUCCGAGAAAAUUAAUAUAGUACUAAGAACAUAGCUAAACGAACACGAAAAAUAAAGCAAACUUACACGAAACUAAUGGAAUAGGAAAAUAUGAUUCCUUUCAAAAUAUUCAGUAAAAUAAGAAAGUUUUUUAUACUUAUUAUCCAAGUGUGUUGGUUAUGUCAGUUGUUUGGUAUUGUUCUAAAUUAUUCUGUGAUUAUGAUUAUGUAUUUUUGGAUGACAAGUAAAGUUUUUUUUCUCUAUUUUCGGGCUUUUA